AUGCGGGGUGCGCUUACACAGGCACUUGAAGUGCUCAUCGUCAAACAUGUAUUGCCACAUGGCUCACAGCUAGCUAUCGACAAUGAAUCUAUAUAUGGAAACAACACCGUAGUAACAGAAAUGAGACAAACUCUUUUUUGUUUCAUAGUAUUAAUCAAUACUAUAACAAAGGAGCUAGCCAACGCUUCUGGAUAUAGGAGCUGGUAUGGCCCUGCCAAAAACGCAUUUAAUAGGGGUAAAUCAGCGUAUGAAAACAUAGUUAAGGCGGCCCAUGAUAGAGAAGAGGAAUGCGUCAUACUACAUUCCAAUGAUAGUCAAGUUGCACAGGUGCAAGGCAACGAAUGGGGAAGUGACUUAGGGUCAGAACAAUUCCCUUGUCUACAAAAGCUACAAAGAAACGAGUCGAAAGCGCUGUUUGAUAUAAAUGCAAAUAUACAGGGGAUAGUAGGUGAGAGCAGGAAGCGCAAGAUCAUCGCUGAAGGUGGAUGUUGGCAAUUUGUACUCAACCAGAUAAAUUCACUUGAUAUCGAUAGAUGUGACAUCAAGGGUGAGGUAUCUAGGGCAUUGAUCGCUUUGGCAAAGACUAAGUGCCAUUUUAUAAGAUCUGGAAGAGCAUUCCCGUUGGCAGAACAUGGCUGCAUCCUGAACCCGCAGACAAUAGAUGAUAGCGCGCUUGGCAUAUUCACUGAAGACUAUGAAACCAACCCAUGUAAAGAAAGAUAUGAAGGCGAAGAAUGCCAAAAAUUAAAGGAGGACAUUGUUGCACAAUGUACCAAUCUAAGGAUCAUGUCAGAAUCCGCAUUCCAAAUGUAUCACGCUGAUCUUAAUCAUAUAGAUGACAUAUGUUUCUAUUUACAGGCAAACGAAUGGAACCGUAGGACCGAAUCGAACAUAAAUAGACUGGGGGAAUCGACAGUGAAUCUCCUAAACAAACAUCAAAACCUAGAAAUGUUCCUCGAUUUGAUGCAAAACCAACAGGAAAAGAGUUUACAGCAAGCUGCUAGGCUAAGUUCGUGGAUGGGCACAUUGCAGGGUGAUAUGAAAAAUGUCUUCGUCAUUCUGGAUAUCAUUCGCUCAUAUCAACGAAAAAUAGUCGCCCUCGUCAUUGCAUGUGCUACCGAUUUCUUGUCUUACAAAGUGAUCACAAGAUCGGCGAUAUUGGAUCAAUUUGCUCUUAGCAAGGACGUCAUAUACAGUACAACAUCUAAGGCAAUAAAAUUGCUAUCAACCACCAACCCAGGCGAUGCUGAAAGAGAUGACCCAAAUUCGUAA